AUGGAACAAAAUGGAAGUGAUGCAAAGAAGCUGAAAUCAUCAACUGAACUGGCUGAAUUUGAUGCCCUGUUUCUGGAGCUGGUUGAUGAGUUGACAAAGAAUGAAAUAAAGAAUCCUGAAAUAGCAGAUGCUUUCAUAUGGUUCAAAGAGGUUUUACAUUAUAAUGUACCAUUUGGCAAGAAAAAUCGAGGAGUGUCUGUUGUGACAUCGUACAAGCAUUUGGUGCCAGAGGCGUCUGAAGCAGAUUUGAAAAUUGCACGAGUUCUGGGAUGGUGUGUAGAAUUGCUGCAGGCAUUUUUUCUGGUUGCUGAUGAUAUAAUGGACAAUUCAUUGACUCGCAGAGGGCAGCCAUGUUGGUAUAAAAAGGAGAAAGUUGGAAAUACAGCAAUAAAUGAUUCAUUUUUUUUGGAGUGCACCAUUUAUAGCCUGUUGAAGAAAUACAUCAGAGACAAGCCUUACUACUUGUCCAUUAUGGAAUUGUUUUUGGAGACAACGUUACAGACGGUAACCGGUCAGUGCUUGGAUCUGACAACAGCAGCCUCUGAAGGGGUUGAUUUCUCCAAGUUCACCAUGGAAAGGUACAGUGCCAUCGUCAAGUGGAAGACAGCUUUCUAUUCAUUCUAUCUCCCCGUGGCUAUUGCUAUGUACAUGGCUGGAAUCUCAGAUGGGGAGUCACACACAAAAGCAAAAACAAUACUGUUACAGAUGGGUCACUUCUUUCAAGUUCAAGAUGAUUACCUUGACUGUUAUGGUGCUCCUGAGGUCAUAGGAAAAGUAGGAACUGAUAUACAAGACAACAAAUGUGGAUGGCUCAUUGUGAAAGCAUUAGAGAUUGCCUCAGAUGAACAGAAAGAGAAACUUCAGGCGAAUUAUGCCAGGUGGGAAACUGAAGCUGUGGAGAAGGUUAAAGCCAUCUACAGGGACCUGAAACUGGAGGAUGUCUACAAACAGUAUGAGGAGAGCAGCCAUGAGGAAAUUACUAAUUUAAUUAACUCUAUAGCCUCUGCAGUGCCUAAAGAAGUCUUUCUAGACUUUGCUAGUAAGAUAUACAAGCGUGAGAAGUAG